GCAAAUAUAGAGGGCCCCAAAGCCUCUUAGGAUAGAGCCCUCUUAUGAUUCCCUUUACGUGCACAGCAUCCACGAAUAGGCCACACAAAGAUCCUUAAGCCAAAAUCCCUCCUCGGCAUUUAAUUCUAAAGGAGUAAUUACUGGGUGUGUCAGUGUGUCUUAGGUUUGCAGGUAGGUUGGGUGAAGGGUUUGAAACAGAUUGCACAUUCACCUGGACGCACACACGUUUUGAAGGACGCUGUGCCAACCGUAAGAGGGUAACCCAAGAAGAUCCCAGUACCGCAGAGGGGACAGGCAACAUACAGCCGCCAAGAUGUGUGACAUGGGGGGACUGGAUAACCUGGUGGCCAACACGGCCUACCUAAAAGCCCAGGGCGGUGACGACAAGGAGAUGAAAAAGAGACGCCGCAGCCUGUCUCUCCCCAAAGGUGAACAGUGUACCUCAGUGAGAGCUUCCGUCGAUAAGGACUUCACAUCACUUUGUGAACGGCAGCCUAUUGGCAAAAAGUUCUUCCGUCAGUACCUGGCAAGUAAUCCUUCAUUCAAACUGGCUGUUGAUUUCCUGGAUGAUCUAAAUGAUUGGGAUCUGGCUGAAAGUGCCACCAAGGACAAAGCCCGUCAGAACAUCCUCAACAAGUACUGCAAGGCUGACUCCAAGUCCUUCCUCUCCUUUCUCACCGGGGAGGCUGCUGAUAAAUGCAAGUCGGUGACAGAUGCCACUUUUGAGGAAGUGAUGAAAAGCAAAAUCCAGGAAGGUGUAAGAGAAUAUUUAAUGGCCAAGCCCUUCACAGAUUACCAAGCCAGCCCGUUCUUUGAUAAGUUCCUCCAGUGGAAAGAGUUCGAGAAACAGCCCAUCAGUGACAAAUACUUCUAUGAGUUCCGAACACUGGGAAAAGGUGGCUUUGGAGAGGUGUGUGCUGUGCAGGUGAAGAACACCGGGCAGAUGUACGCCUGUAAAAAGUUGGAUAAACUGCGACUGAAGAAGAAAGGCGGUGAAAAGAUGGCCCUCCUGGAGAAGAAGAUCCUGGAGAAGGUCAACAGCCUGUUUCUGGUCAACCUGGCCUAUGCUUACGACAGCAAGACCCACCUGUGCCUUGUCAUGACCCUGAUGAAUGGAGGAGACCUCAAGUUCCAUAUUUACAACAUAGGCUACGAUGGAAAGGGUGUGGACAAGGGCAUCGAGAUGAAACGCAUCAUCCACUACACGGCCCAGAUCACCACUGGAAUCCUGCAUCUCCACGAAAUGGACAUCGUAUACCGUGAUAUGAAGCCAGAGAACGUGCUGCUGGACAGCAAGGGCCAGUGCCGACUUUCAGAUUUGGGUCUAGCCAUUGAGAUUGCUCCGGGGAAGACUGUCACUCAAAUGGCUGGUACUGGUGCGUACAUGGCUCCAGAACUCCUGACCAAAACUCCAUACAGGACGUCUGUGGACUGGUGGGCCUUGGGCUGCAGUAUCUAUGAGAUGGUGGCUGGAUACACACCAUUCAAGGGCCCUGAGGCCAAGAAAGAGAAGGUGGAGAAGGAAGAGGUGCAGCGUCGCAUUAUCAAUGAAGAGCCAAAGUGGGAGCACAGGUGCUUCGAUGCUCAGACCAAGGACAUUAUUCAACAGUUCCUGAAGAAGAAGAUAGAUGAGCGUCUGGGCAUUAAGAACAAUAUGGAGGAUCCCAGGAAGCAUCCCUGGUUCAAGAGCAUCAACUUCCCUCGCUUGGAGGCUGGGUUAGUGGAUCCUCCUUGGACCCCCAAGCCCAACGUUGUCUACGCCAAGGACACCGGCGACAUUGCGGAGUUCUCAGACAUCAAGGGGAUCGUGUUGGAUGCCAAGGAUGACAAGUUUUUCAAAGAGUUUAGCACAGGUGCCGUGGCUAUCCAGUGGCAGCAGGAAAUGAUAGAAACUGGUCUGUUCGAUGAGCUCAACGACCCCAACAGAAAAGAAGGCGGAGGAGGUGAUGCCGAUGAUGAAAAGAAGUCCGGGACAUGUACAGUGCUGUGAGCAACCACCAUGGUUUUACAUGUCACAUUAUUGUUGUAACAAAACACUCGGUUAUUUUUAUCAAAGUCAGGAAACAGUUUGUGUCAAUGACGGUUAACGCUUCAUGAAAACGGUGAGCAAGGCAUCUUCGGUGAUCAUCUUGAUCUGGCCUUGGAAACAGGGCUCAGGGUUUGUAAAAAAAAUACAUGGCUUUUUAUCCAAGGUUUGGUCAGAAAUGAUAAUUAAGAUGAGUUUUCUGUGUUCUUUCAGAGCAUCGUCUCUCUCUGGUUCACAGUUCUUCUUGGACUGUCUCUAAUUGCAUGUUCAGACUUGCGACAUCUUGACCCUAAGUAGCCUAAGUAAUUUCACGCGCUCUGCGUUAGGAGACUGCUACGAAACGGUGAAGUUUGCAGUGUAAAAUUAAGCGCUCAUCUUAGCACUUUCAUUUGGAUGUUCUGCUGUUUGUCAACGUCCAAACAUGCUUUUUAAACACACUCGGCAGAAGUUGUUGUAGUUUUAUCAUCACGGUCAGUGACGAUGCUAAUCCUCACACAUAAGUCAGAUCAUCCAUUUACAACUAAAUACACCUUUGCUAGUUAUUUUUUAAUGUAAAUGAUCAGCUGUUGCAAAUGUUUAUAUUGUAUGUACAUAUAUAAAUAUAUAUAAUGGAAAUAAUAUGCACAGAGAUGAGGUAAAAGUA